CUGAUGGAGAACAGGACAGAAGUGACAGAGUUCCUCUUGCUGGGACUGACCUCUGACCCCCACCUGCAGCUUCCCCUCUUCAUCACCUUCCUCCUCAUCUACACCAUCACUGUGGCUGGGAACCUGGGGAUGAUCCUGCUCAUCCUCCUGGACUCCCGUCUGCACACCCCCAUGUACUUUUUCCUGGGAAACCUGUCCCUGGUGGAUUUCUGUUCCUCUUCCACUGUCACUCCCACAGUCAUGGCUGGGCUGCUUACAGGAGACCAGUUCAUCUCCUACAAUGCUUGUGCUGCUCAGAUGUUCUUUUUUGUAGCUUUUGCUACUGUGGAAAGUAACCUCUUGGCCUCCAUGGCCUAUGACCGCUAUGCUGCAGUGUGCAAGCCUUUACAUUACACCACCACCAUGACCACAAGUGUGUGCUGUUGUCUUAUCCUAGGCUCCUAUAUCUGUGGCUUCCUGAUUGCUGCCAUCCAUGUUGGGGACACAUUCAGUCUCUCCUUGUGUAAUGACAAUGUGGUCCACCAUUUUUUCUGUGAUAUUCCAGCAGUCAUGGUUCUCUCCUGUUCUGAUAGACGUUUCAGUGAGCUUGUUCUUGUUUAUGUUGCAGGCUUUAAUAUCUUUUUCGUUCUCCUUGUUAUCUUGAUAUCCUACAUAUUCAUUUUUGGCACCAUCAUAAAGUUGCAUUCAGGUGCAGGGCAUCGAAAGGCUCUGUCCACCUGUGCCUCCCACUUCACUGCCGUCUCCAUCUUCUAUGGCACUGUCAUCUUCAUGUACCUGCAGCCCAGCUCCAGUCACUCCAUGGACACGGACAAAAUCGUGUCUGUGUUCUACACCAUGGUCAUCCCCAUGCUGAAUCCCAUGGUCUACACCCUGAGGAACAAGGAGGUCAAGAGUGCGUUCACAAAAUUUAUUUUGAAGGCAAUCUUAACUAUGGGAGAGUCAAGUGACUGGAUCACUGAGCUCUCUGAUCCUGAUUGUGAGAAACAAGCUCUCUAUGCCACCACUAUUCUGAAUUCUGGUGUAGCUGCUGCCAUUGUGGAGUCUCCUGUGGCCUCUGUCACCACUCUGGAACACGGCACUCUGCAGCUUUCUACUCUGAGCAAACUAAACCUGCAAGAUCAUGAAGAGUUCACAAACUCUUUGACAGGAGAGAGACAAUUGGAGGGUAAUGCGUAUGCUUCAACCCCACAUAAAAAUCACUCCCAGUAA